AUGAAUUUUCUUUCUUUGAAUGUUAGAGGAUUAGGGGAAGGAGUUAAGGAUAAAGCGGGGUGGAUUAGAGAGUUAAAAAAGGAUAAUGGGAUAGAUUUUAUAGCGUUACAGGAAAUACAAUUUAGUGACAUUUCGGGUAUCGUGUUCGAAAAAUUUUGGGGUGUUGGCAAAUUUGAGAUGGACCAUGUUCCGGCGGUUGGAAGAUCUGGAGGGGUGGUAAGCAUGUGGGACCCUAGCGUAUAUAAGGUACACGAUUCUAUUAAACAUCCUAAUUUUUUGUUAACUCGGGGUGUCCUGAAAGGGAGUAAUAAGGAGUUAAAUAUCAUCAACGUUUAUGCUCCUCAAAAAACUCCUCAAAAAAAGUCUUUAUGGGACGAAAUUGGGUCGGUUUUGGGCAAUUACAUAGGGAUGUGGGUCAUUUUGGGGGAUUUUAAUGCAGUCCGUUGGAAGGAAGAAAGAAGGAACUCUAUUUUCAACAAAAAUUGUGCUUCCAACUUUAAUAUUUUUAUAAAUGAUAACGGGUUAAGGGAAUAUGAUAUGAAAGGGCGGAAAUUUACGUUUAUUAAUGAUAAUGGUAACAAACAAAGCAAAAUUGAUCGUGUUUUGGUUUGUCAAGAUUUUUUUUCUGAAUGGCCGGUGGCUUGCCUUAGAGCCUUACCGAGGGUGCACUCGGAUCAUUGUCCGAUUAUUCUGGUCUGUGCGAACAAAAAUUUUGGCCCCAAACCUUUUAGAUUCUUUAACUCUUGGUUGGAGAGAAAAGAUUUCGAUGUUGUGAUUAAUAAGGCGAUUGCUGAUUUGGGGGGGGGGAGGGAGGGGAUCCGGAUUUUAUGCUUAUGA